UCGUGACACACAUUAUUGAGCUAGCCAGCCAAGUAAUAUUCAAUAAAAAUAUGGAACUGACGAGGCUCAUUUCGGUUCUCUUCUUCUUGCUAGUGAUCACGGUGGGAUCUUCUGCUUCUCCACAGCAUUGGAGAAAAAAAAGGGUUCGCGAGCCGUGCAAGAAGUUGGUGUUUUAUUUCCACGACAUAAUUUACAACGGCCACAAUUCCAAGAAUGCCACUUCCGCAAUUGUUGGAACACCCGCAUGGGGAAACAGGACCAUACUAGCGGGGCAGAACCACUUCGGUGACUUGGUUGUGUUCGAUGACCCCAUCACCUUGGACAACAACUUGCACUCGCCACCGGUUGGACGUGCCCAAGGGUUUUACGUUUACGAUAAGAAGGAGAUUUUCACCGCUUGGCUUGGCUUCUCUUUUGUCUUCAACUCUACCCACCAUAGAGGUAGCAUUAACUUCGCUGGUGCUGACCCUUUGAUGAAUAAGACCAGGGACAUUUCGGUAAUUGGAGGGACAGGUGACUUCUUCAUGACUAGGGGUGUCGCCACUCUCUCCACGGAUGCAUUUGAAGGGGAAGUUUAUUUCAGGCUUCGUGCGGAUAUUAACUUGUUCGAAUGUUGGUGAUUAAUCAAUCAAGCUAGCCGUGAAUUUCUUCUUAUUUUCUGUCAUUUAUGUUAUCUUUUUAAUGUGUUGGAGGCAUAUAUCAUACGACGUCGUACGUACGUAGGAGUUCUCUCAUGCUCUUAGUACCCAAGUUUUUCUAAAUAUGUAUAUGACGGCUCCACGGCUUAAGCUCGACGUCGUCAUUUAUUCUGCUUAUUUAGAAUUUAUUAAAUAAUGAUUAACAUGCAUGUAUGAUUGUUUUGUUCCUGGAAGAUUGAUCGAUUUCUUGGA